UCUCGACGCCCGAUACCUCCUAUCUUACGACCUUUCUCUUCUCUUCAUCCCUUUUAACGAUCCCCGCACAAAAUGUCGUCCUCCAAGGCUAUCGGCAUUGACCUGGGCACGACCUAUUCAUGUGUCGGUGUCUGGCAAAACGACCGUGUCGAAAUCAUUGCCAACGACCAGGGCAACCGCACUACACCCUCAUAUGUCUCCUUCUCCGACAAUGAGCGGUUGAUCGGUGACGCCGCAAAGAAUCAGGUCGCGAUGAACCCCCACAACACCGUCUUCGACGCAAAGCGUCUUAUCGGUCGCAAAUUUGAUGACGCUGAGGUCCAGGCCGACAUGAAGCACUUCCCCUUCAAGGUCAUCAACAAGGGCGGCAAGCCAUACGUUGAGGUCGAAUAUCGCGGUGAGAGCAAGCAGUUCUCCCCCGAGGAGAUUUCCUCCAUGGUGCUCUUCAAGAUGAAGGAAACCGCCGAGGCGUACCUUGGCUCGACCAUCAACAACGCCGUCGUCACUGUCCCUGCCUAUUUCAACGACUCGCAGCGUCAGGCGACCAAGGACGCGGGUUCUAUCUCUGGUCUCAACGUCCUCCGUAUCAUCAAUGAGCCUACUGCGGCCGCCAUCGCUUACGGUCUCGACAAGAAGACGACGGGCGAGCGCAACGUUCUCAUCUUUGACCUUGGUGGAGGAACCUUUGAUGUCUCGCUUCUGACCAUCGAGGAGGGUAUCUUCGAGGUCAAGGCCACCGCUGGUGACACCCAUCUUGGUGGUGAGGACUUCGACAACCGUCUCGUAAACCACUUCGUUCAGGAGUUCAAGCGCAAGCACAAGAAGGAUCUCUCCCCUAACGCCCGUGCACUUCGUCGUCUCCGUACCGCUUGCGAGCGCGCCAAGCGUACCCUCUCCUCUGCGACCCAGACCUCUAUUGAGAUCGACUCGCUCUACGAAGGUGUCGACUUUUACACUUCGCUCACUCGUGCUCGUUUCGAGGAGCUCUGCCAGGACCUCUUCCGCUCGACUCUCGAACCCGUCGAGAAGGUCCUACGUGACUCGAAGAUCGACAAAGGCAACGUCCACGAGAUUGUCCUCGUCGGUGGCUCGACUCGUAUCCCCCGUAUCCAGAAGCUCGUCUCCGAUUUCUUCAACGGCAAGGAGCCCAACAAGUCCAUCAACCCUGACGAGGCCGUCGCCUACGGUGCUGCCGUCCAGGCCGCAAUCCUUUCAGGUGACACCUCUGAGAAGACUCAGGAUCUGCUCCUCCUCGAUGUCUCUCCUCUGUCGCUCGGUAUUGAGACCGCUGGUGGUGUCAUGACUGCUCUUAUCAAGCGUAACACCACUGUUCCGACCAAGAAGUCCGAGACCUUCUCGACCUACGCCGACAACCAGCCUGGUGUACUCAUCCAAGUCUACGAGGGUGAACGAGCGCGCACUAAGGACAACAACCUCCUCGGCAAGUUCGAGCUCUCCGGCAUUCCGCCAGCGCCCCGUGGUGUCCCUCAGAUUGAGGUCACCUUCGAUAUCGAUGCCAACGGUAUUCUCAAUGUCUCUGCGUCUGAUAAGACGACCGGCAAGUCGAACCGCAUUACUAUCACCAACGACAAGGGCCGUCUCUCGAAAGAGGAGAUCGAGCGCAUGGUCGCCGAGGCCGAAAAGUACAAGGCUGAGGACGAGGCUGCGGCUGCCCGCAUCACUGCAAAAAACGGCCUCGAGUCGUACUCGUACAACCUCCGCAACACCUUGACCGAUCCGGCAACGGCCGAGAAGUUCCCCGCGGAAGACAAGGCCAAACUCCAGGCUGCUGUCGACGAGACCAUUCAGUGGCUCGACAGCUCACAAGAGGCCUCGAAAGAGGAGUACGAGGAGAAGCAGAAGGAGCUCGAGGGUGUUGCCAGCCCGAUCAUGCAGAAGUUCUACGGCGCUGCGGGUGGUGCGCCUGGCGGCGGCUUCCCUGGCGGUGCUCCCGGAGGCUUCCCCGGCGGCGCUCCUGGCGGUGCCUCAGAGGAGGGUCCGUCCGUCGAAGAAGUCGACUAAACACCUUUUUGUAAGGACAUUGUCGGAUAAUCUCUUCUCUGCUUGCUAUUGCUUUCGAUGUCUGUGGCAAAAUUAAGUAAUACAUCAUGUAUUGUACUAUAGCAUAUUAGAGCGGCCUCUUUUCUCUAUC